AUUUUCCAAAAUUACCAAAUAAUAAGCUACUAUUUCCUGAAACUAUCAACAGAAAUAGUGAAUUAAGAUAAUACGCUAAAAUAAGAUUAAAAAGUUUCAAAGUGGAAUACAAAAUUUCCUUGUAAAAAUCUACAAAGAAAAUUUUGUUUUAUGAAAAUACUUUUUUUGUGAAAAUUGUAGACGUGUGUGUGUGUGAGAGAGAGUGUGUUGUUAAAGGGGAACUUCAAAGAGAAUAUUAGAAAAAGCCGGAAUUUUCUUAUGAAAGAAAUUUUAUCAACAUGGAAGCUCAACAACAAACUCCUGCUGAAGUUCGUGAGGUGUUGAAUAAAUAUUUGGAGUUGUUUCAACAGAAUAGCAUUGAAUUUAAAUAUUUUCUCGCUCCAAAUAGUGUAAUCGAUUGGUAUGGCCGCACCAUACGUGGAGCUAACAAAAUUCAUGAUUAUUUAAGACAUGAAAUACACAAUAAUUUUGAUCACACCGAAUUUUUGGAACCUCACAAAUGUGCUCCCAUCGAAACCAAAACCAGUCACAUGCGCACCAAAAUCAUAUCUACUAAACCUAUUGAUCUAGUACAUCCUAUAAAUCGUGUACCAGAUAUGGUACCUUUAAAAUCCUAUGCCGAUAGUGAUGUAGAAGAUAAUGAGUUGCCUGAAACCUCGGAAUUUGCUGCUGCCAUUAUAAAUAAUCAAAGAAAAACUCCGGAAAAAUGUACUAGUACAUUAAUCGAAGACUUAACGCCACCAGCUAGCGCUACAAAGGAAGAAAAACCUAACGAGGAGGAGAAGGAGGUAGUUCAGAUAGAACAAGCAACAGUUGAAGAAUUGAAUAAACCGGUGAGAUCUCUAAAACGUACACAUUCAGGACGUUUUAGCUAUUUAAGACGUUUACCCACUGCACCCUCUACCAGUAAACGGGUGAGUAAGGAUUAUAAAGGUAUACGUACCUUACUAGAUGAUUCAUCCAGUGAAGACGAUGAUUUAGAAACAAUGGAGGCUUUAUAUACCCCUUUAAGGUAUAUAGAAGUCAAGGGUAUUAUGCGCAAUCGUAGUGCAACAACAUCACGUCAACGUAGUGCUCUCUGGCGUGAUUGCAAUCAAUUGGAAACACACCUGCGUAUAUCUUAUCGUCGCAAAUUAGAAGAUAAUCAAUUACAAUUUGCUCUAAUCAUUUAUGAAUCAUGUAAUCCUACACCUACAAUUACCAAACGUAAUCUUAUGACACAAUUCUCAAUGACUGAACCCAAUGAAGAUAAUGAUAAUGUAGUUACACAAAUAGAACCCGAAUACUCUGAAGAAAUGGUAGUAGAAAGUGUUCUACACGAACCGGUACUUAUAGAACCACAUACAGUUACCACAACUGGUACUUUAUUGGGCACCACAGAUGAUCCUUUUAAUGAGGACGAAGAGGGCUCUUUGGAAACGUUAUCAGUAUCACAUAUGCGUACACCUACGAAAUUUACACAUACCCCGCCGGCUACACCUAAACGAAAACCACGAUCUUUGUUUCAAUCCGCCUCGGGUUUGAAACGUUUAAAUAAUUCACCCACUGCACCUACGCCUAAGCGUAGUGCAGCACGUAGUUUAAGACUUUGAUUUUAAAGAUCUUUUUUUUUUUAUUAUUAUUAAUAUUUUCUUAUUAUAGACCCCUCCCCCCUUUUUAACAAGUUUUCUUUUCUCUCUGCUUGUUUUAUAUUUUUUCUGGGUUUAUUUUAGAAAGGAACAGUUCUUUUGUUAUGAAAAGAAAACUCACGAGUUUGUUUUAUGAGUUUUAAGAAAAUUGUGUUGAUUUAAAGGGAAAUACUGUUGUAUUCUUUUGAAACUAACUUUUGAAAACAACUUCAUUUCCAUACACAUUUUUAAUAAAUGUU